ACAAGGAGAGAGCAAGACAGAAAACAGGGACGAAAACAUAACCUCUGCUUGCAGCCACACUGAAGCCGAUCGACGUCUUCGGCAAGCUCGCUUCAUUUCUUUGUUCAAACAUAUUUUCUUAUUUAUUUUGCCGUCAAACGACAUAUAUUUAUGACCAGACUAUUUUAAUUAUUGUAAUUUACUUAAUAUCGAUUUUUUUCUCGUACGUCUGAGAUCUAAAUACAUAGCUCGAGCUGGACCACGUUUAAAAGCACGUGGUGUGGCACGUAAACAUCGGCGGGCAUGGCGCUGUCCGGGAAACACGACGGUGUGAAACAGGUGCCGUGGUUAUCUCCGGCAGAAUGGCACGACGUGUACAGGCAGACUUAUUCCAACGACGCGGUCGAGCAGGCGAAGGCCUACGAGACGCUCCUAGCGUGGAAAGCCAGGAUGCCGAAACUACCGGUGGGCGUGGACUGCACUCUGUCAAUUUUGCAAGUGUGCCUCCGCGAUCGCGAAUGGACGUCGAAGAUCGACAGCGGCGAGCUACCGAUGUACUGCGAGAACGACCUGAGCCUGAUGUACUCGACCACGAUAAUGAGAUUCCUGAACCACUUCUCCAACAUAGGCCAUACGAAGCAGACGUCCAUGUUUAAGAUCGCCAGUCAACUGAAAAUCCCAGAGUGGAUAGUCCAGUUGAGGCAUGACACUGCCCACGGAUACGAAUUGCCGUCCAUUGGAGUGUUAAGGAUAGCAAUCAAUAUAUUGCUGCAUUGGUUGCACGAUGAGUAUUGGGCACCUGAGGCACGCGCAAUGGAGAAGUGUUACGUGAAGGAAGCUGAUACUUUAGACGAGGAGGAAGAAUCCGACGAAGCGCAGAACUUUACAGAUGUGAUUGAACUUUGGACAGCUAUUAGUUUAUACGUCAAUGCUGGAUAUAAAUUAGUGUCGGAUUUACCAGAGACGCAAUUACGGGAAAUAUUGCAAGAUCUACGCGCGGACAUGCUGUCUCAGUACAGAAGUAAAACCUCGGACAAUGAUGAGAAUGAAUAUAUAUUCGUUUACAAAAGAACUAUAAAAAUUGAUAAAGAGUACAAUUUGCAAGCUGCGCAAGCUCUACUUUUAUCUAAGAUAUCUGUGGAUUUGAACGAAUCCUCGAGUACAAUGCAUGAGAAGAGCGAUGCCAUUUGCGACGCGAUAUGCAAAAAUAAAGCUUUUCUGCCGGAUUUAGAUAUCAUGAAAAUCUUUCGAAAGAAAGAAAAAAGGGAUACUAAUUUGAAGAGACGGAUUUUGCUGCCUAGAAUGCUUCGAUUUUGGAAGGAUAUAAUUUUCUUGUUGCACAAAAGAGAAAUGUUAGAGACGCUGCUCUUUAAGCUGCUCAAUAUCGUAGACCAAGAACGUGAGGAUAAAGAACGAAGAAAUCUUGCCGCCUUGUGGUUAAGCUCGAUCUUCUAUAGUUUCGUUCAACUGGACAUCGUCCAACGUAUUUCUCAUACCGUGGAAUAUGAAUUGCAAAAGACGGACACAAAACUAGACACGAAAACUUUAAGUCAACGUCUCAAGGAACGCAUACACUCUGAACAUCCGUACUUUCGAAACGUCCUGUGGUUAGACAUAUCAAGUACCAUUCCGCCCUUUCUUCUAGAUACAAAUUUUUUAUCGAGACUUUUAUUAAACGUGAAUGAAUUCUCUGCAAGAUUGGUAGAACCAAUUUUAAAGUUACUUACACCGAGAAUAAAUGCGCAAACAAAAAAACAUUUGUUAAAUUUCCUUCAAAUUUACACCUUCCAAAAAUAUGACAAUGAGGACAGCAAUGAUGUUGAUAAAAUAUUUAGUGUCGAAGAUCUCGAUCCAAGUCCAAUAGAAAAUGAAGGGCAAAUAUAUAAAAUAAAACGUGCAACUAGAAAGGAAACUUCUCAUCUAUUGGCAGAUCAAAUAAUCCGUAAUUCAAAUUGGAAAUCCGCGUAUGAUAAUUAUCAAUGGGUUGGAUGUCCCAUUGGAUUACUGCCGUGGCAGAUAGACUCGUUGAAGAGUUUGGAGCCACUCCAACUGAAUCCAUCGAGACACUCCGUUUCAGUUCUAGAUUCUCAAAUAGUCGCCGGUAUUAUAAAUCGUAAGAACUUGAAAAUGCGAAGUCGCAUUAAUUGGGACGACGUAUUACGAAAAAAAAGGAGAGUGGAGAAGAAACAUGACAAGGAUGUCGUCGAUGUUAUAAUGGAUAGAGCAUUAGAGAUGGCUAAAAACCAAAAAUAAUGUUACAAAAAAUGCUACGUAAUGGAUACAGUAAUAAAGCUAUAAUGGACGUAAUGGAACAUUAUUGUCUACCGCCUCCAAUAAAUAAGUUGUGUAUAUUUAUAAUAAACGUACAACAAAGCUA